CAAAGUUUGUCUUAGGUAAUUAUGUAUUGGUAUUCGAAGUAGUACCAGCGUUCUCAACCAACAGAGCAAGUGAAUUGUACAAUCUGCAAGGUUUUAACUGGUGCUAUACGUAUUCUCAUUUUUUUUUUUUUUUUUAGAAGUUAUAAGAAUCAAGGCCGCACCAGGCCUACAGGCUAACAUUGUUGCUUUUGCAACUAUAAAGGACAUGUUGACGUGCGAACAAUAUUUAUCCAACAUUAGUGGCAAGGAAAACUUUCCAGGUUUACACAAACUCAAGCCGUAUAAGCCAAUAUAAUAGCAGGCUAAUUCUACUGAUCAUAACAAAAUUAGAAAAAAAUUGCUGACAUGAAAUUUCACUUACUUGCUAUAGUGGCAAAGAUUUGCAGACUUAUAUCAAUAAUUUUAGUUAACACCUUAUAAGCCAACCAGAAAGGCUGUACUGAGGAGUAACAAUUUAUUUUAUGUGUUGUCAAGAUAUGAACUAGCCCACCUAAAAUGUGAACUGAAUGUUUAAUAAAAUUGUUUUCACAAUGAAAAAAAGCGAAUAUAUAAAGAUUUUUUUCUUGUUAUUUAGAAGAUAUAAGUAACAGAAAAGUUGAAUAUAAGGCAAAUAACCUUGACAUGAACACUUGAAUGCUAUGGUAGAACAAAAAAAAUGUACCUUUUUUACUUGGUUCUUAUUAUUAUCUUGUUAUUCUUCUUAUUUAGUUUUAGUGUUUUGAAUUUUUAUUUUUUUGUGUUGUAAACAAAAUUUAGGCCAGCUAAUCUUUAUUUAGUUGGAGUUCUAUACCUUAACCAGCGUUAAACGUUAAAACUGAUCUUUAAUAAUAAAAAUUCAAUGUUUUAUUAUCAAAAUUUAUAAAAAAUUGGAACGCUUGAUUUAUUUAUUAGCUACCACAACAAGCCCAACUUUUUCUUUUCAUUGCAAACAAGUUCCCUCUCAAUUUAGUUAAUUCUUUGUAAACACAAAGUUAUCUUAGCAAAAAAGUUGACUACAACAUGACCACUGGGAGUUUCGCCUUGCUUUGACAGCAGAAAUGUUGUUUUAUUUCUAAAAAACUUACGAAAUUAGUUCUUACUCACAUAAACAAGUUGAGGAACAACACUUCUUCCCACCACUAUCAGAUAUCUCCAGUGUGUCUCUACUAACCUUCCAUAAUACCUGGGACUAAAUAGUUAUAUGUUUAAAUAUUUUAUCUGUAUUCAAAAAAAUAUUUCAGAGAAAAGUUUGUUUACAAGUAAAUAAAUAUUUCUCGACUUGCUAAAGUGUCAAAUAUGUAUGUUAAAGAUCUUCUCUAGCGGGGAUUGAUUUGUCACUAGUCACGAUAAAUAUAUGUUGAUGUGGCAAAAUUUUAAGAAGCUUCUCACAAUACAAUUUUCUUACAAAGUGUACAUUAUUGUUAUCUAUGUCAUUAGAACAACACACCAUGCUCAAACAUUUCCUUGUAAACUAUGUAGAUAUUUCCAAAAACUUGUGCAUGGCUUAUUUUAAUCCUAAGUAGUAUAAACCUUUUAACAACACAUUUUCUUUUCAUUUAAGAAUAGAAAAUAUAACACACCCUUUAUAAAAUAAAAAAAAGAAAGACAAAGGGAAUUAUUUUUUAAUAAUCGUGAAAACUGUAUCCCAAAAAACCUUUUAGAGAAGUGAGCUUAUUCCCAGCAUACUCUUUUUUGUUUACAUCACACUUAUUUUUAGUUCACGUACCUCCUAUUACUAGAAACUACCUCUAAAAUCUCCAUGAAAUUUCCAUAAUUGGUAAAAAAUAUUAUCUUUGGUUGGGAUUAUGCUUUGAACUUAAAACUUUCAACAUUUUUUUAACAAAGGAAAAACAUUUUAUAAAGUCUUGACAUCUCAUUAUCCUGAUUUUCUGAUUUUUCCAAUUGACACAAAACUUUUUUAGAUAUUUUGUUCUCUGAAAUAUGCAAAAACUGCAAUAUUAAAUAACUUUCAUUUAGCUCUUAAACAGAAUGUUAAAUUUGUUAAAACUAUUUUAAUUUGAUUUUAAGCAAACAUUAUUAUUCAGGAAAAAUUUUGAGUGUGUAAUUCCUUUUAUGACUACUACUGUGCAGAGUUUCAUUUCAUAGGACGUUAUCCCCCGCCCCGAUUCGAUUUUAGCAAAUUAUGGUUUUCUGACAUCACUUAUUUUAGUGUUGAUGAUUUAUGGUGAAGUUAUCAAUCACAACCACAAAGAAUUACAUAUUUUGAAGAAACUGUUAAUUAUUUAGAAGGUAGAGUGGAGGUGAUACCAAGUGCUAUUGGUGCAUUAGUUUUUCCAGUGGUGGUUUCAUUGACCUUGGUAUAAUGUCUCAUUUGGAUAAUGGUAAAGCAGAGAUACUUGCAAUUUGUAACAUCCAAUGAAAUUGUUGAUGAUUUAUGGUGAAGUUAUCAAUCACAACCACAAAGAAUUACAUAUUUUGAAGAAACUGUUAAUUAUUUAGAAGGUAGAGUGGAGGUGAUACCAAGUGCUAUUGGUGCAUUAGUUUUUCCAGUGGUGGUUUCAUUGACCUUGGUAUAAUGUCUCAUUUGGAUAAUGGUAAAGCAGAGAUACUUGGUUAAAACAUUGAGAACAUAAAGUUUGUUGAAAAAGACGUAAUUAAUACUGAAAAUGUUUUAAGCAACCAAAAUGAUGAGCCAAAAUCUCUAUAUGAAUAUUUAAAGGCAGAUUUAUUGAUUAUUGCUGGUCUAGACGAUUAUGAUUGGAAAAAGUGUGUUAUGCAGACAUGAUAUUCAAAAUGCUGUCCAAAAAAUAAUUAUGAAAUAAUAAAGUAUCCUGGCCUUGGGCACCAGAUCGAUGCACCGUAAAUGCCACUUUGUGUAGCCAACAACAAGUGAACGUCUGAAAAAAAGUCUCUUUUUUUUCAAGAUUUUUUAGUUAGUAAUAAGGCACUGCUUCAAAGCAAUUUGUAACAUCCAAUGAAAUGUAAGGUGUUGGCAUCUAACUAUUUUAAUUCAUCCUUUCUUUUUUAUGACCUAAGUACAUUUUGUUCCUUCCUAAUUACUAAGUAGGUUUGUUACUAUACAUGUUAGAAACCACAACCACAACUGCAAGAGUGUUUCACUUAUGUAAAAUUCCAGACUUAUUAUGUAAUCUUUUAAUAUAGAACGUAAUUGCUUCUGUAAUUUUAGGUAAAUUAACUGUUUUAGAAAAUACAACUUCUAUAAUAUAAUGCAUAUAUUUCUGUGUAAAUUACUUAGCUAUCAUUUCAAUUAUUCUACUUUAAUCUGUGGAUGGUUAAUUUGCUCUGUGAAGCAAUGCAUCUGUAGAUUUUUUGUACGGAUCUCAAUGCAUAUUGUAAACCAUAUUUUCAAUAAUUCAAUGCUGCACCUAUAUAGCAUUCUAGCAAAUUUAUUAACAAUGCUACAUUUUUCCAUAAUGCUGUACAUUAUGAAAAUUUCAGGCUUCCAUAUUUUAGGAAUAUUUGAUAGCAUAAAAUUAUAAACAACAAAUGGCUGAGAAGCCAAAAGAUGCGCCUGAAGCAUGUCCUGGUACACAAAGUGAUAACGCUGGCAAGGCAUCUGCAUGUGCAGGUUGUCCAAAUCAGAAGAUAUGUGCAUCUGGUCAAAAUAAACGACCCGAUCCAGGUAUCCAAGAAGUAAAAUGGAGACUGGCAUCAGUAAAACAUAAAAUUAUUGUGCUCUCUGGAAAAGGUGGUGUUGGUAAAAGUACUUUUACUUCAACUUUGGCGCAUGGUUUAGCACAGGAUCAAGAAAAGCAGAUUGGAGUUUUAGAUAUUGAUAUUUGUGGCCCAUCUAUGGCAAAGAUCCUAGGUGUAGAAGGAGAGCAGGUUCAUCAAAGUGGAUCUGGCUGGUCACCUGUUUUUGUAGAUGACAACCUCUCUGUAAUGUCGGUUGCUUUUCUUCUGCAAUCUGAUGAAGAUGCUGUUAUUUGGAGAGGACCUAGAAAAAAUGGCUUAAUCAAACAAUUUCUCAAGGAUGUGGACUGGGGCGAUCUUGACUUUCUGGUCAUAGACACGCCACCUGGAACUUCCGACGAACAUCUGUCACUUGUUCAGUAUCUUAGUCAAACGAAAAUCGAUGGAGCUGUUGUGAUUACCACUCCGCAGGAGGUAGCUUUACUGGACGUACGAAAAGAAAUCGAUUUUUGCAAAAAAGUCAAGCUUCCUAUAAUUGGUGUUGUGGAGAACAUGAGUGGGUUUACUUGUCCAAAAUGUCAGCACGAGUCACAGCCCUUUCCAGCAACCUCUGGAGGUGGAGCAAUAAUGGCUGUGGAACUAAAUCUACCAUUUUUAGGGAAGCUUCCCCUUGAUCCCAGAAUUGGGCGAUGUUGCGAUGAAGGAAAAUCAUUUCUUACAGAGUAUCCAGAUACGCCUGCUGCAAUUGCUUAUCAACAAGUUGUCACAAAAAUAUUGGAAUACUGCAACGGGAAAAAGGACAAAGAGGAGUUAGUUCAUCGUUAGCAAGUUCUGUUUACGUCAACUUCCAAGUCUCGUGUCCAUUUCAAAAUGUUGACACUGAUGCUAAAAUUAAUACAGAAGUAGAAAUCUGUUUAAUGAUAAAAAAGCGCGAGUAAAUAUCGUGCAGGACCGCAAAUCGAUAUCUAUUUUUUGUUUUUAAUCAAGACAAAUGAAAUAAACAGUUGUUUUACUUUCUUUGUAACAAAUAAUGAAACCUCAAUUUCAAAAGGUCUAUCAUAUGUCCUGAAACGUUAUCCCUCACAACUUGUUGUCUCACGUAAGAGAAAUUUCUGGAAUUGUCUUAAAAUUAUUUGACACAAAAUUAAUCUAAAAAUUUGUAACUAUUUCAGACGACUGCAAAUAUAGAAAAAUAAUGCAAUAUGCGAGAGAAUUUUUUUGCGAGUUGGAAAAGAUAACAUGGUUUAUGUAUUUUUAAUAAACAUUUAAACAAAAAGUUGAAUGUACCCUUUUAUAUUGAUAUUUACGUAGAAAAUAUUGUAUAGUGUUGUUCGUUUCCAAAGGUGAAGUGUGCAUGUUGAAUAUUUUAGUUAUAAACUUUUCCAAAUAAAGAAAUGUGAAAUAUUUUACGGAAUUUCUUAAAACCUAACCAUGAAAAAGCCCGUGGAUAUUUUGGAUUUUUAUAGCAUGUAUUAAAAUAGCCAUGUUUCAAAAAUGGUGAAAUUACCUUUACGACGCGUAAUCAACCUUAUUUGAAAAAAAAAAUUUGAACAUAUUUUACAAAGUUUUGAUCAAUAGACAUAUUCUCCCAAGGCCAAAACGGUCUAUAUUGUUUUUAUUUUAUAUAAUUUCACCUUAUGUAUAUAUUUUGCUUCUACAUUAGAGUAUAAAAAAUUAUGGUUGAUAA